AAAUAAAUUGACGAUUCAAACAAAAAAAUAAAGUUUUGAGCAACAAGAAAGAAAAGUUAUAUUUUUUCUUUUUCAUGCACACCACUGGAAUGGAUUUUUUUUUUGUUUAGUCGGUACCACGUAACGAUAACGUAAAAAUGAAUGAACUUUGUAAUGUGUCCUUCUGCAAGACACACUCACAUGCUUCUGUGUCAGAUGACGCAGAAAAAAUGGGUAUCAAUAUAGAAAGUUGCGCUUUAAUAACAAAUGUGUCUUCACUCGGCUACCCGCUGUUGAAUUCCAGUACAAGUCAUCAAAACGCUUUUGCGGAUUCAGUCGUUAUUGUUGCAAAUACAAAAAAUGACAUGUAUGAAAUAAAACCGAAUUCGUCGUUGAAUAACCCUACACUGGUUGAGCCGCAAUCAUCGAAUGGUCAAGCAAGUCACAAUACUAUAAGUCAAAUGUUGAAUGGUACUCAAACACCACAAGACAAGGAAUAUGAAACGCUGUCUAUUUCGUUGUCAAGCUUAAUGGAAUCUGAAAAAGAGAAAAUCGGGCGUGAUGUGAAUCCUUCAGCUCAAGAUUCGUGGGAACAAAAUCUGGAGCAAUUGAUGAGUUUAUUUGCUCAAUUAUGUUUAGAAACUAUGUAUUUCCGUGUAAAACGUUCGAAGGAUGAUGUUGAAAAUUUAGUGAAAAUUCAAAUGGAUUUAGAAAGAAGGAUUUUACAAUUACAGUUUCAAGACAAUCAAACUCUUCAUCUGCCUUUGUCUGAGAUAACCUUUUUAAAUGACGAUAAUUUUCAGGAAGUAUUGGUAUCCAAUUCAACACGUACAAUAUUAUGCUGUGUGUAGUCAAUGGGUGCAUACGAUUGAACGGUGUUUAGAAUUUUUAUUAAACAAUGGCGAUGUAUGUACGCUCCAAGGAUUUGAAAAAAAUAAGCAAAAAAAUAUAAUUUUCUUUUUUGGUCUCUAUUUUCUUCGUUGUACAGAUACUUUGAAUUAGAGCACUGCUGAAUUUAACGUAAAUAAUGCUUUCUUUUUUUUUGUCUGAAAAAAUAACGAACAUAGAAUCAAAUUAUUUGAAUAGUU